UUCCUACGUAUACAGGACUCUCUGUUUGUCAGAUCAGAAUGGUGUUAUGGCCAGUCAAGACAAGUCAGAUUAAGAAAUGUUUUUUCCAAGUUGGUUCACAUGUGUGGGAGGUCGGUAGAGGAGAGCUUCUGACAGUAUAUAAGUAACCUCACUACAUCACACUUCAUCAGACUUGAAGCUCCUGCUGGAAGUCAGAAGACCCUCACACAACUCCUCUGAUCUACACAACUUCCCCAGGUUGGAGAAAGGACCUCAGAUCACAUGGACGUUGCUGCCCUGGGACGACCUUUCACCCUCGGGAUGCUGUAUGACGCUCGGAAGGACGAACUGGUCCCAGGUUUGACAUUGUGGGACCUUAACACUAUAAAAGACAAGAUAUCUGAAAGCCCUCAGCAAAGCAGUAACUUUGCAGUUUCUGCAUCUGAUACCACUGAAUCCAAGUCCAACAUGCUGGAUAUUGAAGCUUCUCUGAAGGUCAGUUUCCUGAGUGGACUGAUAGAAGUUGGAGGAUCUGCUAAGUAUCUGAAUGAUGAGAAGAAAUUCAAGAAUCAGAGCAGAGUGACCUUUCAGUACAAAGCUACCACCAACUUUAAGGAGUUGUCAGUGCAUAAUGUUACCCUGGACGCCCAACAGAUUGAGGUUAUUGAGAAGGGUUUGGCCACACAUGUAGUCACAGGCAUCCUGUAUGGGGCAAAUGCCUUCUUCGUGUUUGACAGUGAGAAGUUAGAAGCCAACCAAGUUCAGGACAUCCAGGGCAGCAUGCAGGCUGUGAUAAAGAAGAUCCCGGGUUUUGAUGUUGAAGGGAAAGUUGACAUCAAGCUGACUGAUGAAGAGAAAGCCCUGACUAACAAAUUCUCCUGCAAAUUCUAUGGAGACUUCAAUCUCAAAAGCAACCCAGCAACAUUUCAAGAGGCAGUGCAGACCUACGUAGAACUUCCACAGCUACUGGGAGAAGAAGGAGAGAAUUCUGUCCCAGUGAAGGUCUGGCUGAUGCCACUGAAACAUUUUGAUCCCAAAGCCACUGAGCUUAUGACCGGGAUCAGCGUGGAGUUAGUGAGGAAGGUGCAAGAUGCUCUGGAAGAGUUAAAGGAAGCAGAAAUGAGAUGCAACGAUUCUUUGGGAGACAAACUGGUAGAGGACUUCCCACAAAUCACAAAAGACCUACGCACUUUCCAAAAGCUGUGUGGUUAUUAUAAAUCUAACAUCCAGCAGAUCAUGAGGCAGAAAGUUCCCUCCAUCCGUGAAGGAAAGGAAGAUGAGAGCUCACUGGAGAAAGUCUUUGAAGACCGACACCAGUCACCCUUCAACCACGACACACUGAACAGGUGGCUGGAAAACAAAGAGAGAGAAAUCAACGUCAUCAGGUCCUGUGUCGACAGCAUGGAGGGAGUGAAGAUCGUCCUGAACCAGACCGAGCUGGACAGAGAGGUUCUUGCUCCAGGUGUAGAGGAUGCUCUGUGCUUUGUUUUCACCUCCAUGAUAAAGGGUGAUGUGUACCUUGAUGAGAUGGCUGACUUCUUGAAAUCCCGCAAGUUAGGAAGUACCCAUGAAGAGCAGUGGUACUUCUCCGAGGAAGUUCUGAACACAAUGAGAGAAAAAGCUGCAUUUUUCCAGGGUUCUUCCAAAGCGCUGAAGAACAACAGCAAAUUCCGUUUCCUCAUAACAUCCAAAACCAAUGAAGAGUACAAAGGAGCUACCAUCUACCACUACAGGAGAGGCCAGCUGGUCACUGAAGACUUUCAAUGUCAAAAGCCUUCUUCUGUGGAGAGCAUCACAGACAAGAGAGAUCUGAUCUGGUAUGCCUGUGAUCUCAACCUGGACCCAAACACUGCAAACGGCUAUCUCACUCUGUCUGACGGAAACAAAAAGGCAACAUGUGGAAACUGGAAGUAUUAUCCUUCUCAUCCAGAGAGGUUUAGUGAAGCCCCACAGGUGAUGUGCAAAGAGGAGUUAUCUGGGUGCCAUUACUGGGAGGUAGAGUGGAGCACUAGUUCCUAUGAAUCUGUUUAUGCUGCUGUUGCAUACAAGGGGGCUGACAGAAUUCAAAGUAAAGUGAGCGAGUUCGGCUAUAAUUCACAAUCCUGGACUUUUGGCAAAUAUUUGUAUUUACACGAACAAUAUCUAAAGGGGUACCAUGACAAUAAGAGGCUGUUUUUUGAACCCUAUCCCUCCGGUGGCUUCCGUACAUUGGGGGUGUAUCUGGACUGGCCUGCUGGCACUUUGUCCUUCUACAGAGUCUCCUCUAACACCCUGACUCACCUGUACACCAUACGCACCAAAUUCACUGAGCCUCUCAUCCCAGGUCUCUGGGCUUAUUGGAGUUCCAACUAUGCCUACCUGUGUCCAGUUGAUUUGUAAAUGAGCUGGAUUCAUACAGCGCUUUAUGGGGUCUUUACCACCCGUCAGCGCUUUUACAUUCACACACAUUCAUAGAGGCAGGGGCUGACAUACACCGGCUCAGCAGCCUAACACUCACACACAUCUGCACACAGUGGGCCAUUCUUGGUCCGUCUAAAGGUGGAGACGGCCACCCCACAUCCCAUCUUAACUUUAACGUGCUACACAUAGUCAAAGAUGCAUUUAGACCCGGAGGGAGCAGAAAGAAUGACCAUAUGAAAGAGUGACCUUUGUCUUUCAGUAAAUGUUGAUUUUAUUAUCUUGUCUGUUUAAAGCCGACGCUUCUUCUGUAAUGGAACUUUCUAUUGCAGCACCAUAUACUCAAUCAUAUAUGUCCAGCCGCCGCUCUGUCUGAACUCCUGCUGAAAUACCACUCGUAUCAACAUGAUGGGAAUAGUUCCUUAUGAAUUAAUGUUCAUUAUUUUAGGACACAAAGCACUUCAGGAGCCAAUUGCUUUUUCUCUACCUGUUUUUUGAUCAGUUUUUAAAGUGAGUAAUCUUUGGAGGAUAAAAGAGUUCUGAUGGGGGGGGUUCUGUUUGGGACAAGCCUAAGACUUGCUUUCUCUACAAUAUAAUGAUGGAAUAUAAAAUCAUAGUUUGAGUAAAAGUCAGGAGGAUCUGUUGGAGUUGUUUCUGUUGGUCCCAUCUCUCCAUUGAGCGUUUGUUAAUUCUCUUCUCUUCAGAACUCACAGCUCACUGUUUCAGAGUCUCUGUUAACGCCAUGCUGUUGGAAAUAUUGCUGAUGGUUAUCACGCUGAGUCUCAGAUUCCUGUAGCUCUGUAACUCCUGUAUCUGUGAACUCUGUUCUUCAGCAACAUAUUAAUAAAGCUGAGACCUGACUUUA